GUAAGAGUGGAUUGUUGGCAGAUGAGGGCGCUUCGCCGCCAUGUGAAACACACACACACAUACACGCACACAUACAAGCACACACACACACAGUGGCUCAGUCCCAGCGAGGUGGUGUUGUGUGUGUGUGUGUGUGUGUGCAGCCCUGAACGUACAGAUCGGGCUUGAUGAUGAAGUGAGUGGCAGAAAAGACAGAAAACCGUCCGAGGGGAAGCGGCGCACACUCGAGCCGAGGUGUGGGUGGGCGAUGUGAACAAAUCCUGCUCGGAUCAGAUCUCGUUUCGGGGCCGAGCAGCAGGCUCGAGGUGCGGGAGCAGGACUUUUCCGCGCCUGUCGGUGCUCACGCUGGACAUCAGAUGACCAAGUUCUGAAAAGUCGAUCCGCUCGAGACAUCACAACAACAUCAUGGCCGUCUCCUCACCCUCCUCUCACCUCCUGAUCCUUCUCCUAAUUUCCUGCCUGGACUGGCCGUCCACUCCCGCUUCGGCGUUUCUCUUGGACCGGGACCACAUGACAACAUCAGCUCCCAAUGAGCCUCAUUUCACUGACUGCGUGUCCAGGGAGCAGGAGACAUUCCGCUGCUGGUGGAGUCCAGGCACCUUCCAGAACCUGUCCUCCCCUGGAGCACUCCGAGUCUUCUACCUUAAGAAAGACUCUCCAACCAGCGAAUGGAAAGAGUGUCCCCACUAUAACUAUUCAAACAGGGAAUGCUUCUUUGACGUGAACCACACAUCUGUUUGGAUCGCCUACUGCAUGCAGCUGCGCAGCCAAAACGCCACCUUUUUUAAUGAGGACGAUUGUUUUACAGUGGAAAAUAUUGUACGUCCAGACCCACCAGUGUCUCUAAACUGGACCCUCCUGAACUUAAGUCCCUCCGGGCUAAGUUAUGAUGUCAUGGUCAACUGGGAGCCCCCGCCCUCUGCAGACGUCGCGGCGGGCUGGAUGCGCAUUGAGUACAAAAUCGAGUACAGAGAGAGAAAUACCACAAACUGGAAAUCAUUGGCGAUUCAGCCGCACACUCAGCAGGCAAUCUACGGUCUGCACAUAGGCAAAGACUAUGAAGUGCACAUCCGCUGCAGGAUGCAGGCCUUCAAUAAGUUUGGAGAGUUCAGUGACUCCAUCUUCAUUCACGUGAAUGAUAUUCUUAGCGGAGAGAGUAUGUUCCCGCUCACAGUUGUACUUGUUUUCGGGAUUGUGGGCAUCCUCAUACUCAUCUUGCUGAUUGUCAUCUCUCAGCAGCACAGAUUCGUGAUGAUUCUGUUGCCACCCAUUCCUGCACCCAAAAUUAAAGGCAUCGAUCCAGAUCUGUUGAAGAAGGGGAAGCUGGACGAGCUGAAUAUGAUCCUGAGUGGUGGAGGUAUGGGCGGCCUGUCCACCUAUGCACCAGAUUUCUACCAAGAUGAGCCAUGGGUUGAGUUCAUCGAGGUGGAUGCUGAGGAUGCGGACGCUGGGGAGAAGGAGGACAACCAGGGCUCAGACACCCAGAGGCUCCUUGGCCUGCCCCAACACGCCAGCCACCACAUGAACACCGGAUGCUCCAACGCCAUUGGCUUCCCUGAUGAUGACUCAGGCAGGGCCAGCUGUUACGACCCAGAUGUUUUCGACCAUGACACCCUAAUGAUGAUGGCCACCCUGCUGCCAGGCCAGCCCGAGGACGGAGAAGCCUCCCUUGCUGUGGAAGAAGGAUUUUCAACCUCAGAUAGGAACCUCGUCCAAACCCAAACCACAGGUCCCCAGACUUGGGUCAACACAGACUUCUACGCCCAGGUCAGCAACGUCAUGCCCUCUGGAGGCGUGGUGCUGUCUCCUGGCCAGCAACUCCGCAUCCAGGAGAACGCCUCAGCCACUGAGGAGGAAACACAGAAGAAAGGAAAAGAGAGCGAAGACAACGAGGGGACCGCGAAGAAGAAGCAAAAAGAGCUGCAGUUUCAGCUGCUGGUCGUGGAUCCGGAGGGAAGUGGCUACACUGCAGAGAGCACCACCCGGCAAAUCAGCACUCCCCCUUGCUCCCCUAUGUCUGGUGAGGGGUACCAAACCAUACCCCCGCAGCCAGUGGAGACCAAAGUGGAGGAAAACCAAUCAUCUUACAUUGUUCCUGACUCUCCCCAGUCCCAGUUCAGUGCUCCUGUUUCAGACUACACAGUGGUGCAGGAGGUGGACACUCAGCACAGUCUGCUCCUCAACCCACCUCCCCGUCAGUCUCCCCCUCCCUGCCUGCCACAGCACCCCCUCAAGGCCCUACCUGCUAUGCCUGUAGGGUACAUCACCCCAGACCUGCUGGGGAACCUCUCACCAUGAAAUGACAAUGCCUUUGGACCUUAGGGUGCAAGGUUGAUUAACUAGGAAGUCCCCCAUAUUCACAAAAGCCUGUUUCUACCUAAUUCCUGCUGGAAACCAAAAAACCUGUAGCACACAGUGUGAUGAGCCUUUAAAGGUGUUUGUUUUCAGAGGUUGCUGAAAGGGCGUCAUGAGCUAUGAGUUCUUGACUCUGCCUCGUCAGUUAAUGUGAUAUGGAGCUGACCGAACGUACGUGUUAGAAAAAUUACAUCCACGCAAUUGACAGACACAUAACAGCCUGAGACUGUGGCUGUAAUGAGUCCCAAAAAAAAAAAAGCAUUAGCUCACUGCUUACCUCGCUCCUGUCUCAUUGCAUCCUCUGGCUAAUUGUGUUUGGAGCAAUGACAAUACAGAAGUCUUAAUCUUGCUGAGACUUGUCAGUGUAUGAUUGACGAAGAGAAGCACACUCUCGUCAUGUGUUUCACCCCCCCCCAACACCAUGAAGAAGUCAUUGCUGUCGUUGAUACCUCUCGCUGGUGGAGAUGUUUGCUGCUCAAAUCAUGGCUUAUUUUGUAUUCUUAAAUUUCUUAUUUCAUCAUGUCAUCUUAUAAGCACUUCGCUAGAGAUAUAUAUUUUUAUACAAAAAGAUAUAGGAAGAAUCGGCCCCUAAAUACAGUUCCAGACAGAACUAUGCAGUUUUACUUUGCAUUCUUGGCUUCGUUUUGUUGAUAGUAUGCUAGUCACAUUUUAAUGAAUACAUUGCCAAUCUGAUGUCAACUUUGCUCUGAAAAAACUUAAGCCGUUUUCAGACAUGAACUCCGGAGGGAGGAUGUCCACGGGAUUGGGUCCAUACUCGUUUUGCUCUGAUGCGUUCAUGACAACUGAAAAUUUGUUCAGGUGAAGGACGUAACGUAUUAAUUACACUGCUUUCCUUCCUUGGGGGGUUUUGAAAGGCAUUCUGGGAAGUGGAUUAGCAGGUGAGGUGACAAAUAAAAGGGAAAUGACAACAUUUCAUCACAAACUGAUUAUACAUGUCCCCAACGUGGAGUUUAUAUGUUUUCAUUUUAUUUUGAAAUGCACGCUGCACUGUGAACAUACAUCACUUACAGCACUCAUCAACAUUUCUUAUAGUGUGUGGAAUGGUCUACUCAGAUUCAGUCUCAGCUCGGAGACACUCAGUACAAAUAGUGCCGUACUACCACCAAGUGCCUUGCUCAAGGGCAUGUUAUUUUUUCACAAGGGAACACCAGGCGGUUUGGGAGAAAAAUAAACAAUGCAUUACACGCAUGCAGCAACAGCAUCCAAGUCUCACUUUUUCAAGCAGCCACUCACUCACUCACUCACUCACUCACUCACUCACUCACUCACUCACUCACAAUCCAUCACUUUAAAGUGCAAGCUUUCAACUCAAGAGAUUUAUUCAUCUCAUGUUGCAUCGUUAUUGCAGGGACAGCGACUGGAGCAAGUUGAGAGACUGUGAAAGUACGUAAUAGCUGUAAUUAGCUAACAUUUUAUACUUGUUAAUUGCCGAGUACACCGUGUUAACCACCUGUGCUAUGAUAGUGUUAUUGGCUCGCCUUAUGCCUGGGCUGAGGUAUGCAUAUGUCAUUUGGAUUUGUGCAUUUAUGCAUUGCUACAGUAUAUUCAGUAUAUGUACCGCUAUGUAGGUGAAGCCUCUCUGCAUAGAUUGACUACAAAAAGCCUGCACAUGCACUCAAACAGUAACAUGCAUGCACACACACACACACACACGAACACACACAGCUACACGAUAAAUAUUUGCCUUAAUUGACUGAUUUAAUUUUGCCUUCCUGACAUAGCCAAUAACAUUAUGAUCUGAAAAUUGUCUAAGAAAAUAGUUGUGAGGAUGUUGACUUUCUGAGGCCAUUCAACUGUAAUUUGCAUGUUUCUGAUUGCGCUCGUAAAACUGACCACAGUUUCCAAACGAAAAUACUGAUCAGGGCCAGAAGGGCUGAGAUCCAGGUUCUGGUCGGAUGGUGAAAACAAGUAGAUUUAAUUUGGCUUAUAAAUGGAUUUAUAGUUAUUUUAACCUUAUGAUAAUCUUAGAAUAAACAUGUUAGGAUAUUAUUUUGGCAGAGUCUGUCUCCUAGUCACUGAGCGUGCCCUUGGUUCAUCGACAGUGUUUGAUUAUAAUGUCAAAAGAGGCUUUAUAUGGCUUUGUAUGUUUUCAUUCUUUGAAUUAAAGACAUUGACAAUAUGCCUGUGACAAACAGCAGCAUAGCACACUCUACACAAUAAGCUACAUAAGUAAAGGUUGGGCCAUAUGCAUGAUGGGAUGCGACACAAUGAACUUUCAUGUGCGAAUGAGUCAGAGAUGAACACAUCUCAUUAUACACAAAACAUACGUCGCAGUGAAAGGGACAACAUAUCCUGCCUUUGAAUUAUCCUUGAGAUAAGAAGGCCAGUGACUCGCUGAGGAGCAGUCUAUUUUGUAUCAGACAAUCCCAUAAUGAAGAGAGACAAAGCAAGAGCCUUCGAAUGACAAUUUAUACAAAAGAUGUGAAUAUAAUAAACAUGUGCCAUUUCUCUCUUUCUCUAUUUCUCUCCUUUUUUUAUUUGAAGAGCUGAGUGUUCUGUUGUUGCUGCCGUUAGUGCUGAUGAUACCAGCAAGUCCAUGCUGUUGCAGAAAUGUCUUAAUAUAUUUACUAGUGCUGUAAAAUUACAAGUAUAUCUUUUUUAAAAUGUCAUUAAUGUUACUAAUCACAACAUAUUGCUGCUCGGUACAUGACCUUUUUCCUGCAUAAAGCCUUACUGUGGUGGGAGGGUGUCAUUCAACACUUUAAAUGCUGAGGUGAUGAAAACCUGCCAAAUGGACGAUACUGAUUUCUGGAAAUGUGUUACAGCAACAAUGUGACAGUUUCUUUCCCCACACGAUGCUCAACCGACUCCCACCAUUCCCAACCAAAGAUCCCCCAGAAGGCUCUCUGUUUAUAUGAAGGAAAAUCAGACAAUGGAAAAAGCACUGCGAAGAUUUGAUUUUCUUUUUCCAGAUGUACCGUGGUGAUUGUGAAUGUGUGCAAACUGGAACAAGUGAUGCAAUUAUGAUAAUGAGGACAAUUUGUUUUUAAAAAAGAAAAGAAAAGAAAAGCAGAGAGGUGGUGCUUUUUAUUACAGGUGUUUACUGCAUUGUGUCAGCGUUUUUUCAUGUUUUUGCCAUUACCAGUUCACAAUGAGCUAAUUCUUAAUGUAGUGUAAAAGUUUGCGAUGGUUAUUUCGAGCUUAUAAAUGUUACAACAGACUUUAGAGCAAGCACUUUGUACAAAUACAGUAUAUGUCUGAUCUUUUAAAAAUAGUAUUCAGAUUUUCUAUAUCGGACAAAAUCCUGUCUAUGAAUUACAUGUUAUUACAAGCAGCGUUAUAUACAGUAUAUAUAUAUUUUUUUUUCAUUCAGCACAAUAAUCUGACUUUGAGGACCCUUCAGUAUCAAUAGAGUUUAGUUUUGUUCAACAGAGUUUAUGUUCAUAGGACAUAUUUUACACUACCAGAUUGUUAGGAUGAUGUACUGUAAUGGAGUAUUUAAUAUUUGCUAAAAGAUUUAUGGAUCGAUGAUAGAGCAGAUAGUCUUUGAGAGAAACUAGUUCUACUGUAACUCUACCCUCGUCACACGUCUCCCGCUAUGUGAUUUCAGCAUUUUCAUGAUAAAAGUGCAUUUAAAUGGAGCUGAAGUGUUUUAUAAUGAUUUGUUCUGACUACGUUUUUUGUUUUUGUGUGUGUGUCAGUCUAAGGGUGGCUUUCGUCACCGUGCUAAGCCUGGGAAUGAUCAUGAGAGUCUGUGCUGGUUUUUACUCUUGUCAAAAUAAAAACGACUCAUGCCAGAUAUGUUUCAGCUUGUUGGGGAAACAGUUGGAUUCUCGACUUGAGUUCUGUAGUAUAUAGACUUGUUUUUUUUUUUCAUGAAUAAGUUCAGUGGCUUCGAUCUCUAUUUCUGUUUGUGUGUUAUUUAUUUGUUUGCUCAGAGCCCUCACAUCACCCUACUACCUGUAAUGGACGGGGGCAGCAUGAAUCACAUGUGCGCUGUUAUUCUCUGACGUGUGUUGUUCAGGCUCACUGCACCAGAAAUAUUUCACAUGUCAGAAUUUGAAACAGCUGCAUUGCCAUCUCCAGUGUGAAAACAUCUGUUUGCAUUGGCCUGACUAAUUGAUAAUGACUUCACUCUAUAUUUUCUUGCCCUCCUGAGCUUGGAGCCACUGUCCUUGUCUGUUCGCUGUUGUUUUACUCGAGGCCGAGUGUUGAACAUUGAUGAUUUGAUAUUGUUCUCUUACCAGUUGAGCCUUUCUGGUGUUGUAUGUGUGAUCAAUAAGCUCUCAACAAGUAACUCAAUAAAUGUACAUACUGCAACUUUAA